AUGCCACCUAAGGGAAAGAAGAAUAGAAAGAACGACGACUGGGACGCCGACCUCGGCGAGUCCAUCGCCCCGGUUAACCCCGCCGCUGCAGCCCCUGCUGCGGCCGAGGCUCCAGCUGCUGCCGAGAAGGAGGAGGAGGCCCCCGUCGGCGGCCUGAUGGCCUUGAUGCGCAAGAACAAGGAGAAGCGCAAGAAGAAGGGACUCAGCGAGGACUGGCUUGACGGGGAGACCCCAGAGGGUCAGGCCCCUGCUGCUGCUCCUGAGCCCGACCUUUCGGCUAAGCAGGCCGAGGAGGCUAAUCUCGAGGACGAGUGGGCGCUGCCGGAUAAGAAGGGGAAGAAGGGUGGCAAGCAGCAGCAGAACAAGAAGCAACAACAAGAGGAGAAGAAAAAGGAUGAUGAGGAGGUUCCGGAGAUUAGGGUGUUGACGAAGGCGGAGAAGGAAAGGUUGAAGAAGGAGAGAGAGAAGCAGCGCAAGAAGGAGCAGGCUGCCAAGAAGAAGGCCGCUGGCCCUGCUCAGCCGCAGAAGGCCGAGCCAGCCAAGCCGGCUGAGGAGGAGAAGAAGCCUGAGGAGCCUGCCCCGGCCCCGGCCCCGGCCCCGGAGCCCGCUGCCGGCGGCUCCAAGAAGAAGAUACCGGCGCACCUGCGUCUGAUCCAGAAGCAGCAGGAGGAGCUGCGUCGUCGUCAGGAGGAGGAACAGCGUAGGCUAGAGGAGGAGCGCCGCAGGAUAGAAGAGGAGGAGCGCCGAGCGGAAGAAGAGCGCAAGCGCAAGGAGGAGGAGAAGGCACGCAAGAAGCAGAAGGAGAAGGAGAAGAUCGAACAGCUCAAGCGCGAGGGCAAGUACCUGACAAAGGCGCAGCGCGAGGAGAAAGCGCGCAACCAGCGCAUGCUGGAGCAGAUGCGCGCCGCGGGUAUUAAGAUUGCGGCGCUGGAGGAGAAGAAUAAGGAGGAGGGUGCUGCUGAGGGGGAGAAGGAAAAGAAGGAGAAGAAGAAGCCGGAGAAGAAGCGCCGCCCGAACAAGGUUGAUGAACAGAAGGCUUUGGAGGAGGCCGCUGAGCGUGCCAGGCAGCAGGCCGAGGCUGCCGCUCGCGAGGCUGAGGAGAAGGCUCGUCUUGAACGCGAGAAGGCCGAGGCCGAGGAGAAGGCCAAGCAGGCCGCAGCCGAGGAGAGCGUUGACGAGGACUGGGAGGCUGCCGCUGAAUCGGAUAAGGAGGAUGUUCCAGAUAGCUGGGAUGCCGCCGCCUCCGACGAGGAGAAGGAGGAAGAAGAAGAAGAAGAAGAAGAAGAAGAGAAGCCUGCUCCUAAGAAGACUGAGAAGAAGCCUGAACCUAAGACGGAGGAGAAGAAGAAGGCUGAGCCCAAGAAGCCUGAAGCUAAGAAGGAGGAGGUUAAAAAGCCUGAGCCUAAGAAGGAGGAGCCCAAGAAGGCCGAGGCCAACGGCAAGCCGGCCACCACCACGCUGCCCACUCGUUCCAAGGAGGAAGAGAAGCCCAAGGCCGCUGAGGCCGAGAAGAAGGAGGUUGCUGCGCGUCCCAAGAAGCCGGUCGUCAACAAAGACAACUUACGCUCGCCCAUCUGCUGUAUCCUGGGUCACGUCGAUACCGGCAAGACCAAGCUACUCGACAAGAUUCGUCAGACCAACGUUCAGGAGGGCGAAGCCGGCGGUAUCACCCAGCAGAUCGGUGCUACCUACUUCCCAGUCGAGGCCAUCAAGCAGAAGACGGCUUCCUUCUCCAACCUGCGCUCUCGCGGUUCGUCGCUGUGCAACAUCGCCAUCCUGGUCGUCGAUAUCAUGCACGGACUGGAGCCUCAGACCAUCGAGUCCCUGCGCUUGCUGCGCGAGCGCAAGACGCCCUUCGUCGUCGCCCUCAACAAGAUCGACCGUCUGUACGGCUGGAAAAAGAUCGAGAACAACGGCUUCCGCGAGAGUUUUGCUCUGCAGAACAAGGCCGUCCAGAACGAGUUCCGCAACCGUCUCGACCAGGUCAAGCUCCAGUUCGCCGAGCAGGGCUUCAACUCGGAGCUUUUCUACGAGAACAAAAACUUUGCUCGCUACGUCUCACUCGUGCCCACGUCUGCCCACACCGGCGAGGGCAUUCCCGACAUGCUCAAGCUGAUCGUCCAGCUGUGCCAGGAACGUAUGGCUAGCUCCCUCAUGUACCUCUCGGAGCUGCAGGCCACCGUGCUCGAAGUCAAGGCCAUCGAGGGCUUCGGUGUCACCAUCGAUGUUAUCUUGUCGAACGGUAUCCUCCGCGAGGGCGACCGCAUCGUGCUGUGCGGUCUCGAAGGCCCUAUUAAGACCAACAUCCGCGCCCUGCUCACCCCGGCUCCCAUGCGCGAGCUGCGUAUUAAGGGCCAGUACAUCCACCACAAGGAGGUCAAAGCCGCGCAAGGUGUCAAGAUCAGCGCCCCCGGUCUGGAAGGCGCCAUUGCCGGUUCCCGUCUGCUGGUCGUUGGCCCCGACGACGACGAAGAGGAGCUCGAGGAGGAGGUCGAGUCCGAUCUGCAGAGCCUGUUCUCGCGUGUCGAAAAGACAGGCAAGGGCGUCAGCGUGCAAGCUUCCACGCUGGGUUCGCUCGAGGCCCUGCUCGACUUCCUCAAAGAUUGCAAGAUCCCUGUUGCGAACGUUGGUAUUGGCCCCGUCUACAAGCGCGACGUCAUGCAGUGCGGUAUCAUGUUGGAGAAGGCGCCCGACUAUGCCGUGAUGCUGUGCUUCGAUGUCAAGGUGGAUAAGGAGGCGCAGCAGUAUGCGGAUGAGAACGGGAUCAAAAUCUUCACGGCCGAUAUUAUCUAUCACUUGUUUGACCAGUUCACGAAGCACAUGCAGGAACAGCUGGAGAAGAAGAAGGAGGAGAGCAAGAUGCUCGCUGUCUUCCCCUGCGUGCUGAACCCCGUAGCUGUGUUCAACAAGACGAACCCCAUUGUUGUGGGUGUAGACGUUGUUGACGGCCAGCUGAAGUUGAAUACCCCCAUCGCAGCCGUCAAGAUGAACCCGACGACUGGCCAGAAGGAGAUUAUUUCCCUCGGCAGAGUCACCGGCAUCGAGCGCGACCACAAGCCCCUCCAAGUGUGCAAGAAGGGCCAGCCGGCUGUGGCCAUCAAGAUCGAGAUGGGCGGGCACCAGCCGGCAUAUGGGCGGCAUCUCGACGAAAAGGAUGUGCUCUACUCACACAUCUCGCGCGCCAGUAUCGACGUGCUCAAGCAGUUCUACCGCGAUGUGGUUACCACCGACGAGUGGCAGCUUAUCAUUAAGCUCAAAUCCGUUUUCGAUGUUCAGUGA